AUGCAGGUUUUCACGAAGUCGACGCAGCCGACCUUCACUCCCAGCGAUGCAGCGCAGCAGAAAAGGCAGGCCCAGGGGGCCCAGGAGCAAGCCAAGCGCGAGCGGGAGCGCCAGAGGGCCGAAGAGCGGCUCAAGCAGCGGGAGGCAGAGGCCCGAGCUCGCAAGAAGCGAGAAGAGGAGGCGAGCGCCCAGGCCGAACAAAGACGAGCGGCCCUCCGUGCAGAGGAGGAGAGGCGAGAGCGCAUCGCAGCCGCAGAGCGGCAACGCGCGGAGAUAUUUGAGGCAUACCGGCGGAAGCGCACAACGCAGAGGGCAGAAGCGGUGCCUGAGGUACCACUCCGUUCAGGUUCCAGAACGCCUGCAGCACCUGUUCGCGCAGAUCCUGCUGUCGGCCAGAGACCUGGGGCUGCUAUGUCUGACCGGCAUCUGCAAGCGCUGAAGCGACUUGAAAAGCGACGAGCAGGCGGAGAAGGCUUCGAGAUUCCAUGUGGCUCCUGGUGGGUCCAUGACCUCGAGGUGGACCAGUACCUCCUUCGUGAGGCUCUGUACGGCUUUCACUGA